GUGUUCCAGUUGACACAAAUUGCGGGGCGGAGGGUUUGUCCAUUACACUUGGCAAUUAUACUCUUUCAGAUGGCCUGAAUGUGAACAGUGUGGUGGUUUAUGACUGUCCAGAGGGUUACUACCCCUACCCCUCAAGCCGACAUUGUCAAAGGACGGGAAAAUGGAGUCCUCCACCCAGUUUAAAACGCCCUCACAAGUGCAAGCGAGUCACAUGUCCCGAUCCCUUGGUUUUUGAAAAUGGGGAAGUCUUACCAAUUCAAAUGAUAUACUAUGUCACCAACCAGACCACCUAUAAGUGUUUUGAUGGUUACAAUCAAUUUGGAUCUACAACACGUGUCUGCCAAUUAAACGGCAAGUGGAAUGGAUCCACACCCAUCUGCGACAGAGGCUCCGAUCACUGUCAUGACCCCGGAGUCCCUCCAGGUGCCAGGAGAACGGGACUCCAUUUUGGAAUUGACGAUACGGUGACUUAUCGCUGUGAUGACGGUCUGACUCUGGUGGGCUCCAAUGAGCGUAUGUGCCAGGAGAGCGGGGAGUGGACAGGGGUUGAGCCAGCCUGCUACUCUAAAUUUGCGUAUGACACCCUGGAUGAGGUUGUAACAUCUUUUUCCGCCUCCCUGAGAGACAGUCUGACAUCAGAGGGAGAUAGUGAUCAGUAUGAAAAGAAAAUACGACUGAACAAAGCAGGGAACCUCCAUAUCUACAUUGCUCUGGACUUCUCUGACAGCAUUAAGAAGGAUGACUUUCGUUUGUCCAAAAAAUACGCACUGAAGCUUAUAGAAAAGAUAUCUUUUUUUGAAAUCACCCCCAAGUAUGAAAUCCUAGCAUUUGCCACCGAUACAAUGGAGAUCAUAAACAUAGCUAAUCCUAACUAUGACGAUGUCAACAUUAUAACAGAACUGGAAAACUUUAAGUAUGAAGGCAAAGGGGACAAGUCAGGGACCAACAUUGCUAAAGCCUUUGAAUUUAUUUUUGGGAAGAUGAGUUUCAUGGAAGCCCAAAAUAAAGAGGGAUUCAAGGAUAUCCAGCAUACCAUCAUCAUGUUCACAGAUGGAAUAGCCAAUAUGGGUGGGAGUGCAAAACACAAAGUAGAUCAAAUCAAGUCCAAGGUGAAAAAACGCAAACAACGCAGACAAUCGAGAAGAAUUUCUGAUAUCUAUGUGUUUGGCAUUGCGGAGGUUAAUUCAGAAGAGAUUAACAAGCUUGUGUCACAGAAGCCCCCUGAGAAACAUUUUUUUAAACUGCAGAACACAGACUCAAUGGACAGCAUGCUUGAUAAAAUGAUUGAUGAAAGUGACAGUGUGGGUCUUUGUGGAGUGUACAGGAAUUAUCAAAAUACCGAUGAUCCCAAAAUUUCCACAAUUUCUAAGCGUUGGAAGUACCCCUGGAUGGCAAAGAUAGAAGUCACGCGGGACGAUGGAACAUCGGACUGCCAAGGAGCUUUGGUCAGUUCCCGCUUUGUCCUGACAGCUGCCCACUGCUAGAUUGAUGACCAACCAAAUUUAGUCAUUGUCAAAAUUGAAGAUGGCAAUUCGGGUGCAGAGAGGGCAGUAGAAAUGUUCAAAUCUCACCCAAACUACAACAGCAUGGCAAAGAGGAACAAAGGAAUACCGGAGUUUUACGACUAUGAUGUUGCUCUUAUCCAACUGAAAGUCGAUGUGAAACCAUCGGCACAAGCCAGGCCAAUGUGUAUUCCCUGCACAGCGGAAACGAAUCGGGCACUGAAGUUACAUGAUAAGGCGACAUGCGAAGAACACAGGGACAUUCUGUUGAAGAAGGAUAUUGAACCAGCCAAUUUCCUGUCUGCUGCUAAAUUAGCAUGGAAAGAUGUCACCAUCAAGCUGAACAAGAAAAGGCACAACUGUAUUAAAGAUAUUAAGGAGACUGUGAAUGUGGCAGACCCAACAGAGAUGGUUACUGAGAACUUCUUGUGUACAGGGGGGAACGAGGAUAAUGUAGAUCAUGUCUCCUGCAAAGGUGACUCUGGCGGACCUUUAUUUGUGCAGCGGAACAACCGACUCAUCCAAGUUGGAGUAGUCAGCUUUGGGGUCAAGAAUUUGUGCACAGCUUCUUCGGAAGAUCUACCAGAAUCAGAUGCAACAUCCAGAGAUUUCCACAUAAAUCUCUUUUCAGUUCUGCCCUUCCUCAAGAAGUACCUGGGUGAUGGAACCAUCUCUGCUCCAAUUACGUUCAUUGACUAG